GGCGCACUGCAUACGCGGAUGCGUUUCUCACAAAAGUCAACUCCCCCCUCCGUGUGGCCACUUCCCAACUCGCGCGCAUCCCGCGUUAGGCUAUCAUUUUCCCGACAAGGGAUAAAGCGGCGUUCAUCCCAGUUGCUUCACCUGUACCUUACCGCGACAGGCAGCGCUUCUUCCCCUCGCCGCGUCAUCGGCAUCCACGUCGCUUGGCCGCUCUGCUGACCGCUCUGAUUGCUGCUCAGCUUGCUGCACUGCUCCUUUCUCCUCUCCUCCCCCCUGUGUUUCCUUCCCCCCGUGGACGCUUAACCAAACGGACUGUUAACCAAACGGACUGGCGCGAAGAUGGCACUGGACGACACCGAAGCGCAGAAGCAAAUCCAGCAGAUGGUGAACUUCAUCCUGAACGAGGCGAAGGACAAGGCGCACGAAAUCGAAGCGAAGGCACUGGAGGAUUUUAACAUAGAAAAGCUACGCAUCGUGCAGAAAAUGAAAGAAAAAAUUCGGCUGGAAUUCCAGAAGAAGUCCAAGCAGAUGGAAAUCAAACGAUCGAUCAGUCGCUCGUCAGCCAUCAACAAAGCUCGUUUGAAGAAGAUGUGUGCGAAAGAUCAAGUGUUUAAAGAAAUUUUUAAAAUUAGCAGCGAGCGACUUGGGGAAUUGUAUAAAGAUAAAGACAAGUACAGAAAUUUGGUAAUCGACCUGAUCGUCCAGUCGCUCUUUUACAUGCAGGAGCCACAUGUCAUCGUGCGAUGUAGAGAUGUAGAUAAGGCCAUCGUGGAAAACUGCCUCAGUGAUGCCAUCCAAAAAUACAACGAUAAACUGAAGAAGCAAUUUAAUGUUACAAAGAAUGUUAAAAUUGAAAUGGACAAGUCAGGCAAUUAUUUGCCACCUCCUCCUUCCGGUGAGAACGAGGGGAACUCCUGCCUCGGGGGGGUAAUCCUCACCACUCCUAAUAGGAAAAUAAACUGCGACAAUACGCUGGACGUCCGCCUGAAGCUGGCCAUUGAGUACUGCACGCCGGAAAUUAAGCGCAUGUUUUUUGAGACGCUCUGAUGGUGGUGCCCCGAUUGCGGUGCCUCCAUUGGGGGCACUGCAAAGGUGUCCCCUUUUUCCCACCAUAAUGGGGACCUACCCCUUAUCGCUGCUUUUUUUUUUCGCCUCCCCCUUAUCGCUUCUUUUUUUUUUUCGCUCCCCCUUUUUUUAA